AUGGCCGUCCUCAGCCCAGUCAACCUGGUGCUGCUACCACUGGCAUACAUAACCUACAAGAUCCUGCACCAGGUAAUCAGGUACCGCUUCAACCACCCCCUGAACCAGUUCCCCGGCCCCUGGCUGGCCAGCGUCACGAGGUUGUGGAUAACCUACCACAGCGUCAAGGCCGACGAGUGCCAGACCCUUGGGGAGCUGCACAGGAGGCACGGCCCCGUCGUCCGCAUCACACCCACCAUGCUGCACGUGUCCGACGCCACCAAGCUUCCCGAGAUAUACAGCCGCAACGCCGACAAGAGCCAGCACUACAUCACCGGCAGCUUCGGCGCCACCGAGUCCCUCUUCAACAUGCAGGACCACAAGGUCCACGCCCACUUCCGCAAGAUCGCCGCGUCGCCCUACUCCUUCAGCAACGUCAAGAAGAUGGAGCCGCUGAUCGACGCCAACAUCGAGCGCUGGAUCCAUCGUCUCGACGAGCUGUUCGCGUCGACGGGGCGGAAGUUCGACUUUGCCCCCUGGGCCGUCUACAUGGCGUACGACAUCAUCUCCGAGGUCGGGUUCGGCCAGCCCUUUGGCUUCAUCGAGCAGGGCAAGGACGUCGAGGGCCUCAUACAGGGCUUCCACGAGGGCCUGGUCCCGUUCGGCAUCAUGUCGCGCCUGUGGCCCUUUACCAACUGGGUCAAGACCACCUUCCUGGGCCGGUACCUGGUCGCGUCUCCGGAGCAGGACUCGGGCAUCGGGACGCUGAUGCGGUUCCGCGACCGGCUCAUCUCGCAGCGUAUAGCCGACAACGAAAAGGCCGGUGGCAACAGCGGAGGUCGCGUCGACCUGCUGCAGACCUUCCUCGAGGCCAGGGACGACCAAGGCAGGCCCCUGGACCUGGCCUACGUCAAGGCCGAGAUACUGCUGGUGCUGCUGGCGGGCGCCGACACGACGGGAACCACGUUCCAGGCCUUCUUCAUGCACGUCAUGAGCCACCCGGACGUCUACGAGCGCCUGAUGGCCGAGGUGGACGCCGCCACGGCCGCAGGGAAGCUGUCGAGCCCGACGCCGCGCUACGACGAGGUCCAGGCCCACUGCCCUUACUACAUCGCCUGCGUGCGCGAGACCAUGCGCCUCAACCCGGCCGCGCCCAACAUCUUCCCGCGCCUGGCCCCGGCCGGCGGCGUAGAUCUGUACGGCAUCCGCGUGCCCGAGGGGACCGAGCUGACGUGCAACCCCUGGAUCGUGCACCGGGACCCGGCCGUCGUCGGCGACGACCCGCAUCGGUUCCGCCCGGAGCGCUGGCUCGAGGACGAUGACAGGGCAAAGGCGAUGCUCAGGUACAACAUGUCCUUUGGGUACGGCGCCCGCGAGUGUCUGGGCAAGCACAUCGCCAUGAUGGAGCUGUUCAAGGCUCCGAUCCAGUUCUUUCGUACCUUUAAGCCCGCGAUCCUCGACAAGGCCAAUCCGGGCCGCUACCUUGUCAAGGGCGGCGUGAGCUACUUUGAGGAUAUGUGGAUUAAAAUCGAGAGGAGGGCACGAGUUGAGUGA